AUGAUAAUAAAUGGGGAACAGGCAAUAAGGAUGCUCGAGGGGGGCAGUACGGUCCAAUUUCAGAACUAUCAUAAGCAGAUGCCAGUACCUUUUGUAAUUUAUGCAGAUUUCGAGGCAAUUACAGAGAAAGUAUCUGGAUGUCAACCAGAUGGUGUUAAAUCUUAUACUGAUAAGUACCAAAAGCACACUGGCUGUAGUUAUGAUGACAAAUAUUCAAAACUAGUGAAAAUUUAUCGAGGGGAGAAAUCUAUUAGCUACUUCAUAUUGGAUAUGCUCUCGGAAGUAGAAUAUUGCCAAAAAAUGAUUGCUACUGAGUUCCAAAAACCACUCCAGAUGACGGACGAGGAGGAAGAAUUAUUCAAGGUUGCCGAGGAAUGUCAUAUUUGUGGGAAGAAACAUUUAGAUAAUGAAGUAAGAGUCAGAGAUCAUUGUCACGUCACUGGACAGUAUAGGGGAUCAGCACACCAGGACUGUAAUUUGAAGUUAAAGCUUGAUCCAAGUAAAUUUAAGGUGCCAGUCAUUUUUCAUAAUCUGCGUGGGUAUGAUUCCCAUUUUAUAAUGCAAGAAAUUGGAUCAAUCGGAAAAAGUAAUAAUUUACGCAUUAAUUGUAUCCCGAAUAAUAUGGAAAAGUAUAUGGCUUUCAUGCUGGGUAAACACUUUGUAUUUUUGGAUAGUUUUCAGUUUAUGGCCAGCAGUUUGGAGAGAUUGGCCGCUAAUUUACCCAUCGAUGCGUUUAAGUAUACCAGUCAGGUGUUCCAAGAUGAGAAAUUAGCACUGAUGAAACAGAAAGGAGUGUAUGAUUACAUGGACAGUUUUCAGAAGUUUGGUGAUCAGCAACUACCCCCAAAAGAGCAAUUUUAUAGUAUACUGACAGAUGAGAGUAUCUCUGAUGAGCAAUAUCAACAUGCCCAAAAAGUCUGGAAUACUUUUUGCCAACGAGCCAUCCGAGCGAAAACGCUCGGAUGGCGAGGCGGCAGCAGAAUAGAGCCGCGCAAGACUGGGCAAUAGGCAGAAAAAUUCUCGAUCGAGCUGAAAAAAGUGUAACCCAAUGUAAUGUAGAUUCCCCUGAGACCAAGUGGUCAGUUGUGAACCAAUCAAAAGGCAGUACCUGGCGCACGGCUCAAGUUGAGUAACAAACAAAAUUUCACACACUUCCCGCCGUCGCGACCUCCUGUGUUUCUUUACCUAAAUUUUUUCGUUAAGCCCGGCUACCGCAGUCAAGAGACAUGAGCACUUGAUAUAUUAUAUUAAUUUUAGGGGCCAUAAUGUUAAAUUUUAACGAAGAGAAGUUUGUAAAACAGCAAAAGUGUUCUAUGUGCAGCAACCAAUAUUCUCACCACUAAAAAGGAUCAGAUUACACGAGGAGAUAAGGAAAGCUUGACACGAAGAAUGCAGUCGCUUCUGUUGGAAAAUCUGGUGUUGGGGAAAAAAUCUAACCAGCAAACAAAAACAAUGAGGACAAAAACGAAUUACAAGCCUAAAACAAACGACAAAGGAAAAGAAAACAACGCCAUUUUUUCGAAACGUGGCCGAGUUCAGUAUAAAAAUAAUGAACUAAAAUUAAAUACCGACGUGCCGUACAUCGCUUGUCCUUGGAAACAUUUCAGAUGGCCCAGCGAAUCAUUUUAAGUUUCAAUCCGAUAACAAAAAGACUCGGGAAAUUUGAAAGGAGGUGUAGAUGAUUAAACUGUGCAAAUAUUUAUCAACAAUGUGAAACGGAACCGACAGUAGAUUUGUAGCUGGACUUAAUAAUAUUCCCGAUCGCUUCCUCUGCAAAGCUGACUUUAUUCUUUCAAGGCACUUCACAAUUUUACAUAGCAGUUUUGUAAAGCCACCAGACUGAAUCUGAGAACUUUUCAAGAAAAUAAUCCUUGCAACAGGAAGGAACCAAGAAACGGUCAAAUGGGAAAAAAAGGAAAUUUUAUUCCUAAGCAAAAUAAGCAUGAUUUGCUCGUUGGCACUCUAUCGAUAGGUAUACCUAGUAAUAGGAGGACAAUGGGCGAGUAUCAUGAUCUGUAUCUGAAAUCUGAUAUUCUCCUAUUAGCUGAUGUUUUUGAGAAUUUCCGUAACACCUGCCAUCAGUAUUACAAACUAGAUCCCUGUCACUAUUUUACAUCUCCUGGGCUAUCCUGGGACGCUAUGUUGAAAAUGACCGGUAUAAAAUUAGACUUUAUGACGGAUAUUGAUAUGUUUCAGUUUAUAGAAAAGGGAUUACGCGGCGGUAUUUCUUAUAUUGCCAAUCGACACGGGGAAGCUAAUAAUAAAUAUAUGAGCGGGUAUAAUCCAGAGAAACCAAGUAAGUAUAUUAUGUAUCUACAAUGAGGGACAAAAGUGUUGACACACUUCCGUAAAAUAGCCCCUUUUUGCAUAGUGGAUAUACUUAUCCCCUUCCCCUGUCUACCCCAACCCCCUCCCCCCAAAAUCAAUGUUGAAUUUUGGACCCUCAAGUCUUUUUUUUUACUUCAGACAACAUUGAUUCGGGGGGUCAGGGGAUUUACGGCGUUUAAAAGGAAUGAAAUAAUAAAUGAAUUAAAUGUUUGUUAAAAGCACCCGUUUUAAACAAGUGUGUCAACUACUUUUGUCCCUGAUUGUCUGAAAUAUGUAUCUGUGUUUUCCGGCUAGAUUUUUGACGCUGCUGAAUUUUUGUGCGAUGACGUUACUCUAUGGGCCAAAUUGUUUGUUUUUAAACAUCAAUUUAUAGUGUUUCGUCCUGAUUUGUAGUAUACGUAGAGUAAAAUGUACGAAGCGUAUGUCAUUACUUAAUCUUGUACCCCCGCGCGCGUUCCUGAUACCCUGUCGGGUCGAGACGAAAUGAUUUGUGUUGUGAUCAAUGCCAUUGCUGCGGAUGUAAUGUUUUCACAAGUAUUAUCAAUAGUGGAAAAAGGAUGGAAACAUUAAGGUACAAUGAAAAUUGUUCUGGUAAAUGGUUAACUUAAGCAAAUAAAGUACUGCAGAGUAACAGAGGGGACAUGCAGUUAUAUUUUUGACAUUGACCUUUGCCAUUAGUGAAAGGACGUGAACAAUAUACAGGUUAUGAACCUCAUAAGUGAUGGGCCAGCCGUUUGUGCUGUGCCCUAUAUAUAGAUGUGUUUUUUUUUUGAGACCUUUUUUAACCUAACUGAUCCAAACCUUUAGCGUAGGUAGGCGUCGAGGUUAGGUAUGUACUUUUUUAAUGAUUUUACAUGACCGCCUGCCAUUUGUUCAGUGGCAUGAUUGUUUAUUGAUGUUGGACGGACAACUAUUUCAUUUCCCAGCUCGUAAAUCACAUAAUACCAAAGAAAUUGUUUUCAAAAUAGACACACCAGUUUGUAUCAUCGCCAAAACAGCAAUUACUUUGGCCCAGAAGUUCACCUGAUGACAAGCAAAGCGGGAUAACACGUGAUCGAUGACGGCCGUGCGCUGGAAAAUUUUCCUUUUUUAUGCGCUAAUUCCUAACAAAAGGCAAAAGAAGAUUCCGCUAUGUAGAAAGUGCUUCGCAAUACGUAUUCUUGGCGAGAAAAAUUCCAGCGAUGUGGUGCAAAUAAGGAGUUUCAACGGUUAACCACGAGAAUACAUAUCGACAUUAAGAGGUCAUAACAGACUAAUGUUACUUUCCGUUUGCCGAAACGUGGUUAACCGUUGUAACACGAAGGAAGCAGUGUUUUCCUCAGUUUAAGCUGUCGUUUUCUUUGAGAGUCAAAUACCAGUUCACGUUUCAAAGCUCUCUUUUCAUUUUCUCUGCCGACAAUAUACAAAAACACAGGGUUUCGCUUGAGAAAUGCAGUCGAAAUACACAGACAUGUGCGCUUAUGUCACGCUAUUUGCGUUGCGUUAUCAUGUCACACAGGGUGUCACGAGGUGGGAUUGAAAGUAAUUGUUUUCGUGUACAAUUGCAAUGUUUGCUACGCUGUCCUUAGUUUUUUAUUGAAUUGGCCAUGAAUUUACCUUCACUUUUCCGUAGUUUCGAUAUUGAACGCAGUGACGGCCGCUCCUCACUAACGCUCCAUAUUUCCGUGGCCGGCCAGUGACUAUCCCCACUACGUGUCAAUCCUUACCCUAUCCGUGAUUGUUUGGGCCUUAACAAUAGGAUAAAGUGAAGAACCAGAAAUCUCCACUUUAUUAAAAAUAUGUUCAGUACGCACCCCCUUGAAAUUCACCAAAAGUUGUACAUAGGCGCGAGUUUCAGCGUCAGUUUUUAGCUUGUAAACCAUAUCGACGUUAAUUCUGGAUAUCGCAGCCCUUUUAUUACGUCAUCGCGUGAUUCGAAUUGGCCCUAUAAUUCGGUCGUGAAUAAGUCUAUGUCACCCCCACCACCAAUAACAUAAUUAUGUCAUUGAUUCCUUUAAUUUCAGUUAAAAUCAGUGUUAUACACGGCUCAACUUGUGUGCAGUAGCACAAUUUUGCAUUCAGACAAUGAGGGACAAAAGUGUUGACACACUUCCGUAAAAUAGCCCCUUUUUGCAUAGUGGAUAUACUUAUCCCCUUCCCCUGUCUACCCCAACCCCUUUCCCCCAAAAUCAAUGUUGAAUUUUGGACCCUCAAGUCUUUUUUUUACUUCAGACAACAUUGAUUCGGAGGGUCGGGGGAUUUACGGCGCUUAAAAGGAAUGAAAUAAUAAAUGAAUUAAAUGUUUGUUAAAAGCACCCGUUUUAAACAAGUGUGUCAACUACUUUUGUCCCUGAUUGUAGAUGCGAAUAACCUUUAUGGAUGGGCGAUGUCUCAAUAUUUACCAACAGGUGGUUUUAGGUGGAUGACUGAAAAACAAAUACAAAAAGUUAAUAUGGCUGCUUGUGCAGAAGACAGAAAAAAGGGUAUGAUUUUAGAAGUCGAUUUAGAAUAUCCUAAAGAAUUACAUGAGCUGCAUAAUGAUUAUCCUCUAGCCGUGGAGAAAAUAAAAGUUACCAAAGAAAUGCUUUCUCCUUAUUGCAAAAAUAUUCAGGAGCAGUUUGGAAUAAGUAUUGGCCAGGUUGCUAAGCUAAUUCCAACACUAUCUAGUAAAAAGAAUUAUGUGUUACACUACAGAAAUCUACAACUCUAUUUGUCUCUU